UGCAUUAGUCUUGCAGCUCAGGAUAAGCACCUUGAUCCCAAGCCACUAAUUCUAGAAACAUUCAGGCAACCUUCUUUCAACAUCACCACCCAAAAUGUCAGAAUACUGGAAAUCCACGCCCAAAUACUGGUGCAAGCAUUGCGAGACCUAUGUUCGCGACACAAAACUCGAGCGCCAAAACCAUGAAUCUACUGCCAAACAUCAAGGCGCGCUGAAACGCUUCCUCCGCGACCUGCACCGCAACCACGAGCGAGAAGAACGCGAAAAAGACCGCGCCAAGCGGGAAGUCGAACGUCUCAAUGGAGUUGUCGGAGCCUCAUCUGCAGCGGCAGGCCCAUCGUCAAGACCUGCGCCGCGCGCGCAACAGAGCGCACCGACAGAAGCGUCUUUGAAGAAACAGAGAGAACAGCUUGCUGCCAUGGGCGUGGCGAUGCCGAGUGACUUUCGACCUGAGAUGGCCAUGCCUGGAGAGUGGACGGUUACGAAUACAAGAAUUAUCGAGACGAAGACAGAAGAAGAUGAAGAAGCAAAGGUAGAAGCUAGAGCCAAUGGUGUACGGAAGCGCGAAGCGACGGAGGAUGAGAAGGAAGAGGAGGAAGCUGUGCGCGGACUGUUCAAGAAGCCCAGGCGAUGGGGACGAGACUCAAAAGUUAUGCCACAACAAGAAGAUCAGGAACUCGAUGCGCUACUAAGCGGAUCGACGUUUACGCCCAGGGCUAUGAAGGAGGAAACAGAGGAUACGACGGAUGUUAAGAAGGAGGACGAUGCGACGCCGGACACAACCGUAAAGACGGAAGAUGCGACAGAAGUCAAGACGGAGGCACCUGCUGAACCUCUGAUAAAGCCAGAGCCAGAGGAGGCUGAGUCGGGUGUACAGACUGUGGUGUUCAAGAAGAGAAAACCCAAGGGCAUUCGGCAAAAGUGAUGAGAUUGUCGCUGUGUACUAUACAACUACUUGCAUUCCUGGAGCACAUAAUGAUACCAUCUAUACGAAUAAUGAAUGACAUUCACCACAUCCCACAUACACCGACUUCCCCAAAAGUCAAAAUGCUAUGCCGUGGAAUAGUUUCGUAAUUCGGCAUUUGGCCCAAUGUCCAUAUCCGUAUAUCCCGUCGGAGCUAAA